AUGAGAGCAGACAAAGUGUUGAAGCUAAAAAGUGUACUAUCAGCUCAGCAGAAUACAUUUGUACUCCAAACCCAGCUGAACCAGUCAUCCGUUCGAGCUAGCUUUCAGGUAGCUAAACUGAUUGCAACCAACGGUAGGCCAUUCAGUGACGGCGAGUUCGUCAAGAAAUGCAUGAAUGCUGUUGCAGAGGAGGUGUGUCCCGAUAAGAAAGAUGUCUUAAAUGCGGUGAGUCUGUCCGCAAGUACAGUCACCAGACGAAUUGAAGAAAUGGGGGAUAAUGUAUAUGCCCAGCUGCAGGAGAAAGUGAAAGAAUUUGAAUUUUUUGCAUUAGCACUGGAUGAGAGCAAUGACGUGCAGGACACAGCACAGCUGCUAAUAUUUCUUCGCGGAGUUAAUUCAAACUUUGAAGUGUCAGAGGAGCUAGCAGCCCUACAAAGUCUAAAAGGCACUACGACAGGGGAGGAUAUUUUUGGAAAAGUGUGCCAAACGAUGGGAGAGCUGGGUCUAGACUGGUCUAAGCUGGCCAGCAUCACUACUGACGGGGCUCCUUGUAUGGUUGGCGCAUCGAGGGGGCUUAUAGGACGCAUGAAUAAAGAAAUGGAGGAAAGAGGUCUAACCCCACUGUUACAAGUCCACUGCCUGAUUCACCAGCAAGCACUCUGCUGCAAAGUUCUGAAGUGGGAAUCAGUCAUGAAGGUGGUGGUGUCAUGCAUAAACUUCAUCAGAGCAAACGGACUUAAACACCGGCAGUUCCAAGCCUUUCUCGCCGAGCUAGAGUCUGCUCACGGAGAUGUGCUUUACCACACUGAAGUCCGAUGGUUAAGCCGGGGCAGAGUUUUGAGGCGUUUUUAUGAGCUGCUACCUGAAAUCAACACCUUUCUUCUGACGAAGGGCAAAACUGUCCCAGAACUGAUCGACGCAGAAUGGAAAUGGGACCUCGCCUUUUUAACAGAUGUGACAGAAAUGUUGAACGGCCUCAACUUGCAGCUCCAAGGCAAGGGGAAACUAAUAUGUGACAUGAUAUGUGACAUGUAUUCCCACAUAAAAGCAUUUGAGGUGAAAAUAGCACUGCUUGUGGGACAAGUGCAAAAGCAAGACUUCACUCAUCUCCCCGUUACCAAAAGUCUCUCAGCUGAGAAACCAGUGGCUCCAUUCCCAGCUGAAAAGUCAGUGGAAGCGCUGGAAAAGCUUAAGGCGGAGUUUGACGUGCGAUUCCGUGAGCUACAUGUUCACGCUAAAGAAAUCCGCCUUUUCCAGAACCCCUUUGCUGCCAACAUUGACAAAGCCCCGCCUUCUUAUCAGUUCGAGUUGGCUGAGUUACAGAACUGUGAUAUUCUGAAAGACACAUUUAAGCCCAACGGUCUCAUUGAAUUCUAUGCUUCCCUUCCUAACGAGACAUACCCAAACAUCAAAAGGCAAGCAAUGAAGAUGUCCACACUUUUUGGCAGCAUGAUGAAAUCACCGAUGAAAACUACAAAGGGUUCAAGACUCACUGAUGAACAUUUGCAUCAGUCUUUGAGACUGGCUGUGACAGGAAUGGAACCUGACAUUGGACUUCUCACUAGCCAGAAGCAAGCCCACAGUUCACACUAA